GGGUUGUGAAGAUUAAGGUACUUGGUCACUUCAUAGCACGCAACCUCAAGAGAGCUAUCAUGGAGACUGAAUGGAGCUCUUCAUGGGACAUGGAUGACGAGUAUGAGAAAUUUAUUCGAAGGAUGAAUCCGCCCAGGGUUGUAAUUGAUAAUGAAGCUUGCAAGAAUGCAACUGUUAUAAAGGUGGACAGUGCAAACAAACAUGGAAUACUUUUGGAAGUUGUACAGGUUCUUACGGAUCUGAACCUUAUCAUAACUAAAGCUUAUAUCUCCUCUGAUGGAGGUUGGUUCAUGGACGUUUUUAAUGUUACUGAUCGGGAAGGAAACAAGCUUACAGAUGAAGGGCUUCUGGAUUUUAUUCGUAAGUCUCUUGGAACAGAUUCCUGUUUUGUACACACAUUGAGAUCUGUAGAGGUGGAAGCAUCAACGGACUACACAUCUAUUGAGCUUACCGGCACCGAUAGACCGGGGCUACUCUCUGAGGUCUGUGCUGUCCUCACUGACCUGAAAUGCAGUGUGGUCAAUGCAGAGGUAUGGACACACAACACUCGAGCUGCAGCCGUGAUGCAUGUGACCGAUGAGGCGACUGAGUCUGCAAUCACUGAUGCACAGAGGUUGUCUAAGAUUAAGCAACUUCUUUUCAAUGUAUUCAAGGGUAACAACAAGAACAGAGGAGCUAAGACUGUUGUUUCUCUUGGGAGCACUCAUACUGAGAGAAGGCUUCACCAGAUGAUGUUUGCUGAUCGGGACUAUGAACGAUCGCAUGAUGAUCCCCCAGAUGAGACGCUUAGACCUAAUGUUACGGUUGUUAAUUGGUACGACAAAGACUAUUCGGUGGUUACAAUUCGGUGCAAGGAUAGGCCUAAGCUCCUUUUCGACACAGUUUGCACUUUGACAGACAUGCAAUAUGUGGUUUUCCAUGCAAAUGUUGAUGCUGAAGGGCCUGAAGCAUAUCAGGAGUACUAUAUCCGGCAUAUAGAUGGGUCUCCAGUCAAUUCAGAAGCAGAACGGCAAAGAGUGAUCCAAUGUCUUGAAGCAGCUAUAGAGAGAAGAGUAUCAGAGGGUUUGAAGCUAGAAUUGUGCACAACUGAUAGAGUUGGGUUGCUAUCUGAUGUUACUCGCAUGUUUCGUGAGAACAGCUUGUCAGUCACAAGGGCAGAAGUGACAACCAGAGCAGGCAAAGCCCUCAACACCUUUUAUGUUAGUGAUGCAGCUGGAAAUCCUGUCGAUGCCAAGGCAAUUGAUUCCAUCCGCCAAGCGAUCGGCCAGACAAUACUCCAAGUCAAGGGCAACUCUGAGAAUUUGAAAUCACCACCACAGGAAUCCCCAACCAGGUUCCUCUUUGGUGGUCUCUUCAAGUCCAGAUCUUUCUGUAAUUUCGGUCUGGUUAGAUCCUACUCUUGAGGUGGUUAUUCCAAGUUCUUAGAAUUGAUUCCAGUUGCUUAAGGUGCAACCAUGUAAAUACAACUGUUCCAUUCCACUG